GAAGUACAGCAUCUCCUUUUUUUUUGCUCCACUACCUCACAGGUGGAGGAUACAACGACGCCCCGAAAGGACACACUUGUUCGACUGACAGCAGACAGAGCCGCGGGUCCUGCGACACCUUUGAGACAUAAAAACGCUGACUGACACCGAGGAGACCCGCUAGCCCGAAGACACCAGCCUGUGUUCAUCUGAGGACAGAUACUUACUAGCAGAACUAGCUUGGAACCAGAAUCAGAAUGGCCCAGGGGAUUCCAGAUGACGUGAUGAUGAAUGCUGCGCUGAUAAAAGACCUGGUAGACGUGGCAAAAGAUGCGGCGCUUCAGCAGGGUGUCCUAAUGCGGAUCCAAGAGACUCCAAACUCAUCUGAGAUGGUGACCUACACUUCAUUCACACUCUUCCCCACACCUGUGCCAAAAGCUCCGUUCCUCCAGGCUCUGGCUUUACAAACGCACUACAACACCCUGGUUGACAAGAUCAGCCAGGACCCAGACUUUCUGCAAGACGCUCUUGCUAGCACCAUUGCAGUGGAUGAUUUUACUGCGAGGUUGUUCAGGAUCCACCAACAGAUCCUGAAGGAGGGAAGGUCCCAGUCUAUUGUGUUGGGUCUCAAUCGGUCUGACUACAUGCUGGACCAGGGAGAGGAUGGGAAGUCGUCUUUAAAGCAGAUCGAGAUCAACACUUUUGCUGCUAGUUUUGGGGGUCACUCAUCACGCACGACAGAUUUACACCGAACAAUCCUUAAGGUGGCCGGCCUGCUGGAGGACAGCCAGCGCAUCCCAGACAAUAACCCUGCUGCUGGUCUGGCUGGGGCAGUUGCCAAAGCCUGGGAGCUCUAUGGAUCAGAGAGAGCAGUCGUCAUGUUCUUGGUGGAAGACAACCAAAGGAAUGUCUUUGACCAGCGAUUUAUUGAGUAUGAGCUGUGGAAGAGAAACGUCCCCACAACAAGAAAGCGGUUUGAAGACGUUUGUAAAUCAGGAUCCCUUGAUCAGGACAAGAGGCUUUUUGUCGAUGGCCUAGAGGUUGCUGUGGUGUACUUCAGGAAUGGCUACAUGCCUCAGAACUACGUUUCUGAACAGUAUUGGGAUGCCCGUCUUCUGAUGGAGCGCUCGAUGGCUGUGAAAUGUCCAGACAUCAGCACCCACCUGGCUGGAACCAAGAAGGUCCAGCAGGUGCUCGCAAAGCCUGGAGUUCUGGAGAAGUUCUUCCCCGACCAGCCUCAGGUAGCGGAGCAGAUCAGAGCAACGUUCGCUGGCCUCUACACUUUAGACAUGGGCCCAGAUGGUGACAAAACUGUAGCGAUGGCUUUGGCCGCACCAGACCGGUUUGUCCUGAAGCCUCAGCGAGAAGGAGGAGGUAACAACAUCUAUGGAUCAGAGAUCUGCGAGGUCCUGGAGGGAAUGAAGGAGGGUACAGAGAGAAUGGCCUAUAUUCUGAUGGAUAAAAUCCUCCCCACCCCCUCAAAGAACUACCUGCUGAUACGAGACGCUCCCCUCCAGAUCAGCAACUGUCUCAGUGAACUGGGAGCGUUUGGAGCUUAUGUCAGACGAGGUAAAGACACGGUGAUGAAUGAGUGUGUGGGCCACCUGCUCAGGACCAAGGGUUCCGAGCACUCGGACGGAGGUGUGGCCGCGGGAGUGGCUGUGCUGGACAAUCCUCUCCUCUUCUGAGGGUUCACACUUUUUUCCCCGCUGGGCUUUCAACAGAAAGGAAAAAAUGCACAAAUGGUAAAACGGCAAAAUCAAGGUUGAACUUUUCGAGUCGCCCUGUAACGGUACAGUAUGAAAAUACUGUCCCACAUACAUAUCAUGAAUCAUUGUCUGAAAGGGGAUUUAUCAGUUUUUUACCAAGUAUGUUGAAAUUGCGUGUGUGCUGCUCUCAAAUAACACUGAAGGACCAAAGAAAUGUAUCAGAUUUGAGGUCAAUAAGAGAUUAUUAGUAUUUUGGGGUUUGCAGAAAGUUGAGUCGAGGAGGCCCGAUAUGUCCUACAUAAUUCCCCCCCUUUUGAGGAUCUUCUAAUUCUCAAAACACUGCUUCAUUAAUCAUCAUUAAACAUAUGAGUACAUAAACAAUAAUCCAUUAAACAUUAAACCAUAUUACUGAAUUCCGCAGUUCUUCAAACAUAUAUAACUGUAAUGAAAGGGAGAAUUUGAACAUAACAUGUUCAGUUCAGUAACACGUUUGAAUUCCUUAAUUCUCAAUAAAUGCUGACAACUUCAUUUAUUUCAAAUGAAGACAGGGCCUUUUUAGGUGCAAAAUUUCCUUCUUUUAUUGUCUAUGAUUAAAAAAAACCCACUAACAACACAGGGUGUGAUACUACUCCACAUUUACAACCUUCAAUGCUCUCUUUUUUUUUUCUUCCUCAGACCCUUCGAGAACGUGAUCCAUGAUUAAACAUUUUCAUAUUUUAAAAAAAUGAGCCAGACCAUAAUCACUCUUCUUUUCUGCAGCAUCUCUCUCACAGCCAGCAGUUUCACAUUAGCAACACGGUGAACUGAGGCCGCCAUCUUGUGGCUCUUAUGUGUCACUACAACAUUUCAGUUCUUUUGGGUCCUUCCAAUCCUGUGUAGGCUUCUGGGUUACUGGCGGGUGUGUCAAAAACAACAACACAUAUUACAUGUUACAUCAUUUUUCAGUACAGUUCACCACAACUGCAGCUUCCAAACAGCCCUCUGACCGUUUUAUUGUAGGAAAGCCCAGGUUAACAGGGAAACACUCUGGACCACUGAUUUAAGAAUUAAAGAAAUGAAAGUGUCCUUAAAAAAAUGGCUUGUUUUUGCUGUUAGUUUGAUUUUACUAUUUUCUUUUUAUCACUUCAACUAUGCUGAAUACUGUGUUUUUGAAACAGACCACUUCAAACAUUGUGACGUUUUGCUGUGAUUUUUUUUACCCUGGGAUACAUAAACAAAAGCAGUGGCUAAAAUGACCCCAAACAUUUUAUGUUGAUUGGUGCUUUAACAGCCACCACAUCUGAGUUGUAGAGUUGAAAUUUAGUUAUGCAGAAAGUAAUGAUGCUACUGCUGUAUAAUUACUUCUAUAAUCUGUCACAAUAAUAACAGUGAGUAUAUUUUAAAAAUCAAAUCAGCAGCUUUUGCUCACAGGAGAUGUUGCUCGUCAGUGACAGUGGAUUAAAACUGGGUCAUUUGAAUUAAUUAGAAUCAAUAGUAUUUCUAGGUGAAAGAAAAAGUUUAAUAUCUCAUGCAAAUUUCAAAUUGACACUCCUCUGCUGGGCUUCACAUACUGUGGAUCAUUUAUAAGUAAUUUACACACAUCUUAUUGUGACCUCCCAUUAUGAAUUCUAGGCUAUAUACUGUGACUGUAACACAUGAAGAGAAAUUAUUAAUAUAUGAUGAAGAUGAUUAAUAAAAACACACUGUCUUGUC